GUCGCUUUUUCCACACACUGUUGUAUUACAGCUUUGCUGCAUAUUCGCCUCUUCCUCUCUCGAGUCUUUCCUUCGCCACAGCGAGAGAUAGAGACGGAGAUGGAGAAGGCACUGACGAAGGUUACGAGCUUGAAGCUGGGAAGUUCGUGGAUUACGAAGAAGGCAAAGGAAGAGCUCUCCAGCAUCACCAACGAUCUCACCACUUUCUCCAGUACCGUCGAAGAGAAGGCGAAAUGGGUUUUCAACAAGCUGAAAGGAAAACCUCUAAAAAGCUUGCCGGAUCUCCUCAGAGAACACAACCUACCACCUGGACUCUUUCCGCAGAACAUAAUCUGCUACGAGUUCGACGAGACGAAGAACAAACUCGUCGUCUACUUGUCCUGUCCAUGUGAAGUCACUUUCGAGGAUUCAUCUGUAAUAAGGUACGGGACCAGGGUGAAAGGAAUCUUGCUAAGAGGCAAGCUUAUGGGCGUGGAAGGAAUGAAGACCAAAGCGUUAGUAUGGGUCAAGAUCACGACAGUUUCAGUGGAAAGCUACAAAUCCGACAAGCUCUGGUUCACUGCCGGUGUCAAGAAGGCAAGAUCUAAGGAUGCUUAUGACACGCCUCUUGUUGCUGUUAAAGUCCAUGAGUUCUGAGUUCCAAUUUUUUUUUUUUUGUAUAUAAGUGAGUCAUCUCUUCUUUCUUGUUGUUUUUGGUACACCGAUGAUGAAUGUGAUUAUAAUUUUAUUAUUUUUAAUUUAA